AUGGCUAUCCUUGAGGUGGAGUUUCCUUUUAGGAUUGGAAAGGCGCAUCCAAAACUUAAGAUGGAUGUUGCAAUGGAAAGAAAGGAAGACCUGGUGUCCUUCAGCAUGAAGUAUGACAUGGAUCUCGUGGUAGAUGAUGCAGAACUCAAGUCGAAAGAAGAGGUCAGAGGAGAGUUUGUGUAUGUGUAUAGGUUUGUUGACCUGGACACUGCAAUAGAGUUUAUGGAGAGUAGGUGUGCAAGGGCAGUGGUGGGAGAGAGACUACUGGAUGUGGAGAAGGUGGAAAAGGAAAUGGACUUAUUUAUGGAGAAAUACGAGGCUGGAGAAAGAAGACUUAAAAAGAAGAAAAAGACGAUUGUUGUUGGCGAAGAUGGAUUCAUGAAAUAUGUAUGA